AGUCAGCCCCAAAUCCGUAACGCUCGGACUAAAGACAGCACUGUCCCAACUUCGGCUUCUCCCCUCAGUCCACCCAACACACAUCCCCUCCAAAAACGCAUUCCAGCGGAAGAGGACUCUUCUACGGAUAAGUGCCUCUCUCAGAAAGACGAAGGAACCUUAGCUCGGAAUCCUCCGGUCCUCGAGAUCGCUCCCCGGCCCGCGCCACUCGCUUCUUACGACCACGCAGUUAAAGGGUCCAGCACCGGGUGGGGAUCGCGAGCGCGGGCAUGAAACUGGAGGUGUUCACUCCGCGCGCGGCCCACGGGGACAAGCCGGGCAGUGACUUAGAGGGGGCCGGCGGCAGCGACGCGCCAUCUCCGCUCUCCGCCACUGGAGACGACUCCCUAGGCUCCGACGGGGAUUGCGCGGCCAACAGCCCGGCAGCGGGUGGCGGUGGCGGCGGCGCUGGGGAUCUGGCGGGCGGCAGUGGCGACCCGAGCGCGGGCGGCGGGCAGAACGCACUGGAAGGUCCGGAGGCGGCAGAUGGCACAGCGGAGGCCACAGCGCCCAGGCCGUGCGCCGGCAGCGUGGGAAGCGAGGGUGCGCGCAACAAGCCGUACACGCGGCGGCCCAAGCCUCCGUACUCCUACAUCGCGCUCAUCGCCAUGGCCAUCCGCGACUCAGCGGGCGGGCGUCUGACGCUGGCUGAGAUCAACGAGUACCUCAUGGGCAAGUUCCCGUUUUUCCGCGGCAGCUACACCGGCUGGCGCAACUCGGUGCGCCACAACCUCUCGCUCAACGACUGCUUCGUCAAGGUGCUGCGCGACCCCUCGCGGCCCUGGGGCAAGGACAACUACUGGAUGCUCAACCCCAACAGCGAGUACACCUUCGCCGACGGGGUCUUCCGCCGCCGCCGCAAGCGCCUCAGCCACCGGGCGACGGUCCCUGCGCCGGGACUGCGACCCGAGGAGGCGCCGGCUCUGCCCGCCGCGCCCCCGCAGCCUGCACCCGCCACUCCGGCCUCUCCGCUCGCGCGUUCGCCCCCUCGCCAGGAGGAGCGGGCCAGCCCGGCAAGCAAGUUCUCCAGCUCCUUCGCCAUCGACAGCAUCCUCAGCAAGCCUUUCCGCAGCCGCCGCGACAGCGACCCGGCCCUAGGGGUGCAGCUGCCUUGGGGCGCCGCGCCCUGCCCGCCCCUGCGCGCCUACCCUGCGCUCCUGCCCGCCGCGCCUGGCGGCGCCCUCCUGCCGCUCUGUGCGUUCGGCGCCAGCGAACCCACGCUGGUGGCCGCGCGGGGGACCGAGGUGCAGCCAGCAGCGCCGCCCGCACCACCCCUGCUGCUCGGGCCCUUCUCCACCGCCGCCCCGGCCAAGCCAUUCCCAGGUCCCGAGGCCGGCGGCUCGGCGCACCUGUACUGCCCCCUACGGCUGCCCGCGGCCCUGCAAGCGGCUUCGGCCUGCGGGUCCGGCCGGCACCUGUCCUACCCAGUGGAGACGCUUUUGGCCUGAUGCUGAGCUCCGCAGAGGGUCGUCGUGGGACUGGGGGUUGGGAGCGCUAUUCAGGAGAAGGGGAAAGCAAUCUCCAGGACUGUGCACUUUCUAUUCGGAGGAAAAGAAACUUUUUUUAAAAAAUCUCUAUCCGACGUGCCUUAAAGUGAAGCAUUUUGAUCCAAGUGCUUUUAGUCCAGAAUAGUUUCCUUUGUCUUUUGUAACUUUACAGAGGAUCAAAGCAGGUUUUUUUUUUUUCUAUUUCUUGGCCAAGCCUGUCCUCUCCUUCCAAAAGGCUUUCCCUUUUCCUCUACCCAGACCUCUUCCAGUCCUACUCUUUUUGUUGCACCUUCCAUUGAUUUAUCUUCCCCACCUGCAAAAAGAAAAAAAAAGAAAAAAAAAAAACACAUCAGGGAACCAUUCCAUGGGAUAAAUGAUUUACUACUGUCUGGGGUUUGUGAGGCCCCACUGGUGUACGUGUGUGGUGUUCACAAGAGUGAGUGUGAGAGAGCUGUCAACCUUCCAUCAUUUCUCUGCUAUAGACCAAUGCUUCACUGUGCCAAAAAAGGGGGAAAAUACUAUUGGGUUUUGUAAUUAAAUUAUUUAUAUAUUUUUUGAGACCUGAAUUGAAAUGUUGCAGGCAACGGCUACAGCUUUGUUAAUGGUUCUCCAACUGUGGUCUUCUUGGGCCAAGCAAUUUCUUUAAAGGAAAGGUUAACAUUAUGUUUGUGGGGUGCCAGGACCACCUCCACAUGAGAGCAAGUAUGAUUUUUAUUUUUAAUAUUAUUUGUUUCUGUGUACAUAUUUGUAUAUAAAUUUUAUGAAACCCAGGCAUACUGUUUGUUUUUUAAUAAAAUUCACAAUUGA